CGGAGGGCGCCAUAGCCACCGUAGUCGUGGCGACCAGGAAACCCGGCAACAACAACAACAACCGCCCACCCUCCCCGCCUCAGCGCUUCCCGCCAAAAUCGGGAGAGGCCCCGAUUGUCGCGACUCCGUCCCCGCCCCUCCCCCUGAGGGGACGCGGCCUCGCGGGGCCGGGACGGUCCAGGAAGCAAAAAAAAAGCCUUAUUUAUUAUCAUUUUCCCCACUGUUGGCAUGGCAACACAGGCGUACAUUACAGAAUUACAGGCAGCCCCACAACAGUCUCAGCAGCCGCAGCAGCAACAGUCACAACAGCCAGCAGUGACGGUGGCUACAGCAGCGCCUGUGGCAGCAACAGCAGCUCAGCAACAGUAUGUGGCUGAAUUGCAAAGCACACAGCAGCAACCGCCUGCUCCAAAACAGUAUGUCUCAGAAAUCCCACCUCCUCAGACACAGGCUCCGCCCGCUGGACAGCAAGCACCAACUCCGGCCCCACAGCAGUAUAUCGUAGUUACUGUCUCUGAAGGCUCCAUGAGGCCCAGCGACACAGUUUCAGAGUCCAGCCCAGGCUCCACAGCCACACAGUCAGGGGUGCCGACGCAAGUGGUCCAACAAGUCCAGGCUACACAGCAGAGGCUAUUGGUUCAAGCCAGUGUGCAGACUAAGGCGGGAACAGUAUCCCCUCUGCAACUUACAGGUGUCCAAGUACCCCAACAGCGGCUGGUGUUGCAGAGUACUUCACAAGCUAGUAAAGGAGGAUCAGUCACGCUGGCCGUCCAUGGCGUGCAGCAGGUCCACUCUUCACCUGAGCGCUCUCCUGUGCAGAACAACAGCUCUUCAGCCAAAACUGGGCAGGUUCAGCAGCUCCAGGUCCAUCAAGUGCCUGUUGCUCAAGAGAGAUCUGUUGUGCAGACGACUUCCUCGACCCCCAAAGCUGGCACAGUGCAGCAGCUGGCGGUGCAAGGACUCCAGCAGGUUCAUGUUACUCAAGAGGUUCAGCAGCUCCAGCAGGUCCCAGUGCAGCACGUCUAUCCCAACCAAGUGCAGUAUGUGGAAGGAGGAGAUGCCAGCUACACAGCAAGUACCAUACGCUCCAACACUUACCCUUACACAGAGACCCCACUCUACACUCAGAACACAGGAGCCAGCUACUAUGAGUCUCAGACGACCCCAACGCAGGUGUCCACCCCAGCGACCUCCCAGACAGUGGCCAGCAGUGGGUCGGUACCCAUGUAUGUCUCCGGAGGGCAAAUCAUAACCAAUCCUAGCGGGGGCAGCAGUACUACAGGCAGUGGAGGAGGCGGAGGAGGCGGUGGUGGCAGCAGCAACAGUGGAGGAAGCAGCGGCGGCAGCAGCACGGGGACCUAUGUGAUCCAAGGAGGUUACAUGCUGGGAAGUUCAAGCCAGUCUUACUCACACACCACCCGUGCCUCCCCAGCCACUGUCCAGUGGCUCUUGGAUAACUACGAGACUGCAGAAGGAGUAAGCCUCCCACGUAGCACCUUGUACUGCCAUUACCUGCUACACUGUCAGGAGCAGAAGCUGGAGCCGGUCAAUGCAGCUUCCUUUGGCAAGCUGAUCCGAUCAGUGUUUAUGGGGCUCCGGACCCGUCGGCUGGGAACCAGAGGAAACUCCAAAUACCACUACUAUGGGCUACGCAUCAAAGCCAACUCCCCACUUCUACGGCUCAUGGAGGACCAGCAGCACCUGGCGAUGAGGCAGCAGCCCUUUUCCCAGAAGCAGAGGCUCAAGCCUAUUCAGAAGAUGGAGGGCAUGACCAACGGAGUGGCUGUGGGGCAGCAGCAGGCCUCGGGACUGUCCGACAUCAGUGCCCAAGUGCAGCAGUACCAGCAGUUUCUGGAUCCCUCCCGCAGCCUGCCAGACUUUGCAGAGUUGGAUCUGCAAGGGAAGAGCCUUCCGGAGGGUGUUGGACCUGAGGAUGUGAAAGCUUUCCAGCUGCUCUACCGAGAGCAUUGUGAGGCCAUUGUUGAUGUGAUGAUUAACCUUCAGUUCACUCUGGUAGAGACGCUUUGGAAGACUUUUUGGAGAUACAAUCUGAACCAGCCUAGCGAAGCCACCACUAUCGUCGUCCAUGACGAAGCUGAGAAGCGUCUCCCAAAGAGCUGCUUGGUGACUCUGUCCAAGUACGAGCCUGUCCUCAAAUGGACGAAGGACUGUGACAACUUGCUGUACCAGGGGCUGGUCGAGGUCCUAAUCCCAGAUGUGCUCCGGCCCAUUCCGAGUGCCUUGACGCAAGCAAUCCGAAAUUUUGCAAAAAGUUUGGAGAGCUGGCUGACUAAUGCCAUGAUGAAUAUUCCAGAAGAGAUGGUCCGUGUGAAGGUGGCCGCAGCAAGUGCCUUUGCCCAGACCCUGAGGCGUUACACAUCCCUAAACCACCUUGCUCAGGCUGCCCGGGCUGUCUUACAAAACACAGCCCAGAUCAAUCAGAUGCUGAGCGAUCUCAAUCGGGUGGAUUUUGCCAAUGUCCAGGAGCAGGCCUCGUGGGUGUGCCGGUGUGAGGAUCGUGUGGUUCAGCGCCUCGAGCAGGAUUUCAAGAUGACUCUGCAGCAGCAGAAUUCCCUGGAGCAGUGGGCAGUGUGGCUGGACGGCGUGGUCAGCCAGGUCCUGAAGCCCUACCACGGCAGCCCCAGCUUUCCCAAAGCCGCCAAACUCUUCCUCCUCAAGUGGUCCUUUUACAGCUCCAUGGUCAUUCGGGAUCUGACCCUGCGGAGUGCAGCCAGCUUUGGCUCUUUCCAUCUCAUCCGUCUUCUCUAUGACGAGUACAUGUACUACCUGAUAGAGCACCGUGUGGCUCAAGCCAAGGGCGAGACCCCUAUUGCAGUCAUGGGAGAGUUUGCGAACCUGACGAGCUCCUUGAAUCCCUUGGACCCCGAUAAAGAUGAGGAGGAGGAAGAGGAGGAAGAGAGCGAUGAGGAGAUGCCGCAGGAACUCUCUCUCAGUUCCACUGAGUCCAGCAGCUUAACAGCAGAGCCCAUGGAGCCUCCUUCAAAGCUGGCGCGGACAGACUCACGGGGCAUCUUUGUGCAAGCGCUGCCCUCCAGUUAGAGUGGCCAGGGAGGGACAGACUGAACCCGUGGCCGGCAGGAGGCCGGGAUGCACCUUGCGCUGUGCUGCCCUGUGAUAAAGAUGAGCUGUUCCCUAUCUCCGAGUGGUAUGCAACGCGCUUUCAUUUCAUGCCUUUCCCUGCCCCACUGGUAGGCCAGGGCAGCCCGGGCAAGGCCCCAACUCAGAGCACUUGCCUCAAAGGCCUGCACAGCUCCUGGUAGUACUGGGGGAGCAGGGAGGGCUAGUCUCUGGCCACAUGAGUGGGGUUCUGCCUCUUCCCAGAUGCCUGAUUUCCAUGGGAGGUAGAAACGGGGGUCCAACUUGUGCCCCACCCCUCUCAUCCAUGGCUGCUUAUCAUUGCCCAACAGAGGGAAGGGAUCCUUGUUCUUGCCUAGCAUCUGCCCCCCCCCCCCCGUUCUACUGACCCUGUCAUGCAUGGAGGAAACCCAUAACUUUAAAUUCCAAGACUGGACAAGGCACACCAGGCCUCUGGCCUUCACUGUAAGGACCAAGAUAUGCCAGCAUCUGGUAACUUGGACCUCCCUUGAUGGACAGCCAGAGGACCUGUUGAGACUGCUGCUUAGCGAGUGGCCAUCCAGUCUGCAGGAGGAGCCUCCUUGAAUCUGACAGAAGGUCCACCCACAUAUGUCCACUUGGGAAUUGGCCAUCUGGAAGUUACUGCUGUUCCUGGUACCUGCCUUAGUUUUGUAGUUCUGGAGGCUCCUGGGCUUCAAGAAGCUUGGAGCCAGCUCUGUGUAGGAUUAUUUCUUUUCACAAGACAUACCAGGUUGGCAGUGGAGCGCAUGAACUCUAGGCUGCUCCAUAUUGUUUUCUCUGCCAAUUGAGGCCAGCCGAGAGAGCUCUCAGUGGUGUGUGCUGUAGACUUCAGACUGCCUUGGGCAAAGAUGGGAAUGAUUAUAAUUUGAAACAGGGCAGCCUCCAUUCUGUGCCACUGAAGCAGUGGACAGGCUCUUCUUUGCCACUGACCUGUACCCAAAGGCAUGUGAAUGCACCACCUGCCUUUAGAACUAAGCCAGACCAUAACCUGAAGAAUAAGGAGUUUGCAGGCAUUCAAGAAAGGCACUCUUAAGUCUGCAGCAUCAUGUCCUGCCAGCAGAGCACCUGAAAUAAGUGCCUGGCAGUUUAUUCAUAUUAUUUGAGCUAAAUUGUCUAUGGCUUAAUCUGAGCCUCUCCCUUUUCUCUCACGGAUAUCUUGCUUUGACCCUAAGCUAUAUUGUUAGGUUUUAAAGCUCCACAAACCCCAGAACCAGCCUCACAGCAAGCACACCAGCAUUCACAAAAUGCUUCUUCACCAGAUGCAGGUGACAAAGCCUAUAGCGGCUCCCUCUUUCCUUCCGGGGGAAGCAGCUCCAUUCUCAGACACUUGACAGCCCUCGCUUUGCAGCCAAGUCUUGCCGUUUGGGGCCUGUUUCUGCUCCUCUGGCUGAUGAUAAGUGCACACGUGUGGGUACUGAGCUAGUUUUCCUUCAUCAGGCAGCCACACCUCUGAUGAGCAAAAAAGCCAGCCCAACCCAUCGAUCACUACCACGAAGAGAUCAGACCCUGGGAGGAAGCUAGGAUUUAAUGAGCGCCUUCCACCUAGCUGAAAGAGGCUGCCAGAGGGCAGCUUCCACCAGCAAGCAACCCCCCCCCCCAGUUCCACACGCAGGUUUUAGAAAAAGCCUGUAGCACGAGGCGUCUCUUUGAAGAGACACCGUAUUUAUACUGCUUUUAUUACCCUUUCCUCCAUGUUGUGACUGUGCUUCAUGGAAGCCUUCUGUUUCCGUACCAUAAUCAUGGUCAGGCGAGUUGAGUCCAGUCUUUGUGCUUGGGAGCAGGGCUUGGAGCCAUUCCUCUUACUCCUCACUGUGCUUGCAGGGGGAGGGAGACUUCCCGGGGACUGAAGGCUGCCGUGAGCUACAGGAGCUGCCUCUGCCAUGCCACGUGCCCCUUCCCUGGGCAGCCGCUUUCCCUGGGCAUAUGUUGAAAAAGGAAGCAAGGCAGCCAUGAAAGCACCAGGCGAAGCAGGGGUGGGGGGCAGAUUGAGGGCAAGAGCAGGAUUGCAGCUGCUAACUUCCCAUUGGUCUGUAGUCAGCAUGCGCAGAGUCCAUAGCCCCAAGCAUAGGGGCUACUCCUGCCCCAGUGGGCUAUCUGGAUCACCAGCAUAGAGGUGCAGUAGCCACAGCCAGGCUGGAGCAUCAGACGCCAUGUCUUACGCUGCCAGCACAUUCAUCUAACCGAGGUGAAAGGCCGGUCUCAGAAGUAUCUGCCCGCACAACAGUCCUUCUUAGCUCAUCACUGGAUUCCUGCCCAGCUUCUUCAGGCAAUUGCAUCCUGAUACUCUUCCACCACCCCCAGAUGUUCAAAGUGAUACUAAUACAUCCAACCCCCCCUCUCCCAAAUAUGCACCCAGCCAUUGACAGGACAGCCAAUUUCCUUGCGGCAGGCUGGCAUACAAAAGUGCUUUGAGCUUUAUUUGCCCAAGUAAGCGGGCUGAGGUUUCUCUCCACAGACAGUAAGCUGUCCAUGGCACUUUAGCGCAAUCCGAGCCAGCCUGCUCUAGAGAAGGAUCCUCCUUCAAGAUUGUUUAGGUAGCCUGGAAGCCUGCACAUUUCUCAUUGAAGUUUUUGACUGUGGAAGAAAGGAGGUGCCAAACUGUUCAUUUUGCUUCUAUAACAAAAUGCUGCCUUGAAGAGGGUGUGUGUAUGUGGGCGGGGUGUGUGACACAUAAAGCACCUGUCAGUUUUUAAUUAUCCCAGGGCCUAUUUUUCCCCUUGUUGGGCUCACAGUUAAUUCCCACAGCCUACACAGAGCAGUGCAGCCGUUCAGGCAAGCACCUGUGUUACCAUACAUACCCUUCUGCAGUUUUCACUAGCAAUCCACGCACCAACAUUAUAACCUGUUUUCACAAUAUGCUAUUUCUGGUUGUACAUAACACGCAAAUCAAUUUUGUCAUCACCAAAAUAGCAGCCAUGUGCCCACCAUUGGGUAAAAGGUGCAUUUUCUGCUCUGAUAGGGAUAAACCAAUGAUUUAUUAAGGGAUGGGCAGUAAUCAAGGUUAAAGAAAUGGAGCCCCAUCUCUCAGGGUUCCACCUGUCCCUGCUCUCCUGCACCUGUCUUUUAGCUUUAGAAAAGUCCCAACACUUGCAGCGUAAAUGGAUCUUGUUGAUUGCAAAAACCCUUACUUCUGUGAGCUAGCUAUUCCUUCUAUGAAGAUCGCUGAAGGGUGGAUCCACCAAUCCUGCAGGAUUCCACGUGAAUGAGGUUAUCUUUUUUUUUUUUUAAUUCAGUGGCUGCCUUACAGAGUGACAAAACUUAUUCCCCUCCAAACCAAGAUUCUCAUAGUCCACCAAGCAGGUUGGCCGCAGAGCACUCGGGGGUAGCUGCAGAAGAACUUGCUGAUAACGUUGCCCUCAUUCUAAAAAGAAGCCAAGUCUGCUUGGCCCCCUCUGUGCUUGCAGCUAAGCAAACAGAUCUGGUUACUUCCUGCCCACAGAAAGUAACCAACCUCCUGGUUUGUAACUGAAUAUUAGAUAUUCUAGUUUUAAACAAAAAAAAAUCUGUGCUUUUAUAUGUAAUUACCAAUUCUUGUUCUAUAAACCACCUAAAUAUUGUGAGAUUGGUGAAGAUAAAUUACUUGAUAUUUUUGGGUUUUUCAACCAUCAUGGCCUUAUUUGUUCAAUUUUUCCAGUGUUUUAAACCUGUGAUAUAGAUGUUUAUUGCAAAAUCUACAUAUUGUAUAAAAUAUAUAUUUUGUGUCAAUUUUUGUGCGGCGGCAGCAGCAGCAGCAGCUUUGGCUGCACUAUAGACUUCCAGUGGAGUUUGAAGAGCUUUGUAGGUGUCCUGGGUCCAUGAGAUGGGCAGUGCCUGUGGUCAGCUGACGUGCGUGUGUGUAGUCUAGAGUGCAAAAGCUGUUUUCUACCUUUUGUAGUUCUUUCUUAAGAAAUAAAUUCA